AAAAACUCAUUCUGUAAACCAGAGACUGAACAGCAGGUUGGGUUCUAAAAGCCUUAUAUGACUACAACAAAGUGACAGGCUAUGACUAAGAUCUCGACGAGACAAAGAUGAUCACGCCUCAAGUCACACAGUGAUGGGAAGCCAAACAAAAGGAAUAAGAAGCUGAAAUGAAACCAGGCUGGUCGGUGGAAAUUUCACGUUACUCUUCUUCAUGAAGAAUAUCUUCAACCCGGUAUGGAUCCUCCUUUCAUGAAAGGCUCAAAACUGAGGUCAAGAAUCUUCUGAGUAAUUUGGAACAAACAUCUAAAAACCAACUUUCUGUGCUGGCAAACAAGACGGCUAUUUAUUCAACCACACGCAAAGCAUUCACCAUGCCUUGUUGAGAGGAAAAAGGAAGGUAAUCUAAUGUGGUUUGCUCAUGCAAAUGCUUACAUGUGUUUUUUGCACUUUUACAGUAGGAUUACGCAACAUCUGAGCUUCUUCUGGCCCCUUUGUGAAAUGUAUACACACUGGAUUUGUAUACAUUUACAUGAAUCUUCAUGGAAUUUCAUAUUUUUGUUCUGACUCUCUGACUCCUUUUAAGCCAAACUCCAAUCAAUGACAAUGACUGAAAACAGUUCAACCAUAAACUGUACCAAAGAUGGCUUUAAAUACCUGUUAUACAGCUCCGUUUUCAGUAUUGUCUUUAUUCUUGGGCUGCUCUUGAACAUGGUGGCCAUGUACAUUUUUGUUUACAGACUUAAAAUGCGCAACGAGACCACAACAUACAUGAUGAGUCUUGUGGUCUCAGACAUCCUCUUCGUCUUCAGCUUGCCUUUCAGGACGUUCUACUUUAUUAACGGUCAGUGGCCAUUCGGCGAUGCUCUCUGCAAAUUCUCAGUGGCUGUAUUCUACACCAAUAUGUACGGCAGCAUCCUCUUUCUUACAUGCAUCAGCGUGGACCGAUUCCUGGCGAUCGUUUACCCCUUUGCAUCUAGAACGUUGAGGACCAAGCGCAAAGCAAUAAUCACCUGCGGUGUGAUCUGGGUGUUUGUGCUGUCGGCAGGCCUAACUGCAGCUUUCGUAAUGGACACCACUUCGACAACAAACGACACAGUUUACUGUUUUGAAAAAUACUCCAACUCCCAGUGGAAGUCCAAGGUAUCAAAAAUUGUGGUGCUUAUGGUAACCGUGGGAUUCCUGAUUCCACUGAUGAUCAACUUUUUUUGCUCCAUGAGGGUCCUACAGACCUUACGAAACACAGAGAGCAUCAACCGUGGAGGGCAGCUGAACAAGGCUAAGAUAUUGCGGAUGAUUGUUGUGCACUUGCUCAUUUUCUGUUUUUGCUUCAUUCCGUACAACGUCAAUCUGGUCAUUUACACACUGGUCCGGAGUCAGGUUAUUACAAGCUGCACCGUGGAGACAGUGGUCCGGACAAUUUAUCCGAUUGCAUUUUGCAUUGCCAUAACCAACUGUUGCUUUGACCCAGUGAUCUAUUACUUCACCUCCGAGACGAUUCAGAACUCUAUUAAACGGAAGUCUUACACUGAACACAAAAACACAAUUGACAACAGUUUUAAUAGAAGUGAUUCGAAGAGUAAAUCUUUUAUUGUUAAAUUCAACAAAGAAUCUACAAUAUAACCAGACACAAAUUGUUUUAUACCCAUUUUAUAUUAAAUUCUCAUCUGACAUACUCUUAGCAAUUGGUUGGCAGAGGAAAUAUUGACUAAUAACUAACUGAAGACUGUUGAACUUGCAGAACUAUGAAGUAUCAUUUUGGUGCUAGAAUGGAUGUAUGUUUAAAGGCUAAACUCAACUACCAUUACUGAACCUGUAAU